GCGAGCGGCUUUGCCUUUGUCGAUCAGCAAUUAAUUAUUAUAGUAUAUAUAGUUAAACGAUUAUACUCCAUAGAGAAUAAAUAUCCACAAUUAGCCAAAAAAUGAUUAAGAAACAAUGCAGCGCUAAUUACAGAUUCAGCUUUGAGCCGCCGAGCGCCACCUGGAUGAAAAGCUACUUUUCUGUCCGAUGUUUUUUUUCUAAUACAUUUUUAUUUUCCAAACGGGAGACGGAAGCAAGAAUUGUAUCCAGCACGCGCUGUGUUGAACAAAUGGGGAUUUCUAAUGGAAGCUCGUUGGUGCAGAUGUGCAUCGUCAAAGUCGCUCAAAACAUGCAUUUGUUGGAAAGAAAGGUUGCGAAUCUGCCUGUCUCUCUCCUGAAAGACCUGCUGUCACAUCUAAACAUUUAUUAUCUGGACAGAAUCGAAUCUGCUGCUGCCUCCAAAGGAGUCUCCACGUCUGUCAUUUGGGCAGCAAUAUGGAGAGAUCUGGACCAGACGUGGCGCUGGAGAUUGAAGUCAGCACUGCCCGAUCAGGACGUGAAGCAGAGAUGUUUGGAGAGGCUGUUUCACAUGGUGCUGUUCACUCAGAUCAGACGGGGAGGAUCGUACCUCUCCGAUCUCAGCGAGUCUUCCAUUCUCUCCAUGACUGUAAAACACGUCCGAGUCCUUUCUCUCCACACAUCAACCAGAAACAUCUGCAGGCUCUCGUCCGGGGACCUGCGGCCCAUCCUGAGCAGCCUAGAAAAGGGAGUGAAGUCCCUCAAAUUACUGGAUGCAAAAUCGCUGUUCAAACACGGCCGGAAACACGUGCUGUUUGUCCUCCACCGGCUCCUGGAUCACGGCUCUGUUAGAGAAGUGGUUCUGAGAAGAAACCCAGAUUCAUCUUUUCUGAGCUGGCUCACGUCCAGACGCAGAGGUCAUCAGUUAUCGGUGUCCAGUGCUCCGGAGGCAUCCCACGCUGACGGACAUCGUUCAGUUUUAGGUGAAUUCGACUCGAGGUGUAGUGCAGAGCUGGAGGAACCUGCUGCCAAACGCCUCGCUUUAGACAUGGAGGAAAACCCAGAGGUUUUGUGCAGUGAGUUUUCAUCCUCAAGCCGCUCUGCUGACCGCUGCCCUGAAGGUCAGAUCCACUCGCUUGAUUUUGAAGUGUCCAAAUGUGAUAUCCUGACCACAGUGUCUCGUAUCCUGCCGACAUGGUUGUGUCUCCACACGCUACAUCUUCACAGUGACUGGCUCAUUAGUGAGCAGGAGAUGUCAGUGUUGGUGGAGUCUCUCAGACGGUUGUUUCUGAACCCCGGCUGCUCUCUGACGGAUCUCAGUAUAAGUCACGUCAGCGCUCACACACACGUGAUCAGCAUCCUGCGAGCCUGUCUGACCCUUCAGAACCUGUCUCUGGAGAUCUGUCCGCCUGCCGAGAGAAACCAGUGGAGACCGCAGCCGCGUUUCACUGAACACAAAGAGCUCUGCCUGGAAAAGCUGACAGUCAGAUCCACUGGUCCAAUGACAGUGACGUGCUUUCUGCCGGUCCUAAAAUUAACUCCAAAACUCAGCAGCCUUCAUUUCACAGGAAUCCAUCUGUCACAGGAGUUUUUUCACACAUUAACAGGAUCUAAUCCAUCCCUCAAGGUAUUAAAGCUGGAAGACAUAAACUUAUCUGACCAUCACCAGGAGAUUCUUCAGUUUCUGGAACGUUCUGUGUUAGAAGAGCUGUCCUUCAGAGACUGCAGGCUGCUGGAUAAGUGUGCGGUAAAGAAGGACUUCCUGCUGCCAUUUGUAGAAGCACUGAAAGGGAUUUCCUCCCUCCGGACCCUGAUGCUGGCCCAGAAUCGCCUGGCAACAAGUGCCAUAGAGAUUGCUAGAUUAUUCUCAGGAUGCCGCCCAAGCAAAAUCACAAAAGUAGACCUAAGCUCAAAUUUCAUUCUUCCUGCUGAGCUGCUGGAGUUCGCGCAGCUGCUGGAAACAUACAGACCUGUUCAGCGCCUCACUCUGGACCUGAGGUCUAAUCCACUGGAUCGUGACCCGGAGGUCAAAGGUCAAGCGCUGCGAAAGCUCCUCCCAUACUGUAAUAUAUUAACAGACGACUGGGACUCCAGGUCCACUAUGGCAGAUCACAUCAGUGUGAUGUGACAAAUUCUGCAGCUGCUCUUGUGAAAGACAUUUGUGAGCAAAAGCACAUGGACAUAAAUGACCUGCACAAACACAUUGAGUAUAAUUACACCUUAAGAUGGAGAUGUUUACAAAAUAAAUACAAUGAAAGCAACUGGAAAAAGGAGUGUGCUAUUGAUUGAACAGUAGAAAAGUUUGAGAAAUCUCCUCCAUUUAGACCGAUCACGGUGCAGUCCGAAUCAUCUGGAGGAGCGAAACAUGACAGCAGAAAAGUGAAUUUGACUUCAAUAACACCACUGAGCAUCUUAAAAACUGAUGCUGAUUUGCAAAAAAAGUCCUAAUAUUACAUAAUUUGGUGAUGCUGAGUUCAAAAAUAUCAAAACCUUUCCAUUAUGUACAAGUUUGUUAUACACGCGGUAUGUAACAGCUUUGAUGAACUUCAAAUAAAAACAUCAAGUUUCAA